UCCUUUCUUCCCUCGGGCGCCGUCUGGAUCGCUGGCUGAAAGCUCGCCUCUUCGCGCGUUGACGCGGCCGGCCGCGGCCGCGGCUACCCACAGCUGCCCCAGGAAGGAACACUGGUGAAGAAGGUGAUGCUUGCUAUGCUCAGUUGCAGCAAAAAACAACUUGCACUGGUUUCCCUGCUCUUCUUCAUUUUCUAUUCCCCGCAAACGGUCAUUGCGAACAAGAAACCUUUCGGCAUCACCGUAGCUUCCUCUAGAUCAUUGCGUGAGAUUGAGUCCAGUCCCAGGCCGGCCGACAAGUAAGUUCAGUUUUUUUCCUUUCUGUCUUAUAUCCUGAAGUCUUGUCUUGUGUAAUUGGAGCAUUUUUAAGUUAAAAUAGGCCUCAAAAUUCGUAUCCUUGGAAGUUGUCGCUAACUUGAUCGUCAGUAAGGUGGAAACUGGACAACAGAUGGAAGGCAGCACUAGUAACAUUACCAACACGACCGCGAAUGCGACGUCCGGGUGGAGCAUUGUGAAGGAGGAGUUGACAUAUUUAGCUGGAAGUGCCCCUUUCAAUAGCUGUCAUGCUUCCACUAUUGUAGAGAUUGAGAAAGACAAUUAUCUGGUGGCUUAUUUUGGUGGAUCCAAGGAAGGUGCUCCGGAUGUCAAAAUCUGGUUGCAGAGAUACAGCGAUGGUUGCUGGCAUCCUCCACAAGUGGCUGAUGAACAAGAUGGGGUGCCCAUGUGGAAUCCUGUAUUAUUCCAGCUCCCCUCUCGCGAGAUCCUCCUCUUCUACAAGAUUGGUCAAGAAGUUCAGAAGUGGAGCGGGGCCAUGAAAAGAUCGUUGGAUGGCGGCAUAUCUUGGUCACAGAGACAGCAGCUGCCGCCUGGUAUACUUGGUCCUAUCAAGAACAAGCCUUUCCUGCUUGAAGAUGGUCGCCUACUGUGCGGGUCAUCAGUAGAAAGCUGGAACUCAUGGGGUGCAUGGCUUGAGGUCACAGAAGACGCUGGCCGGACAUGGAGGAAGUAUGGUCCUAUAUACAUAGAAGGUGAAACACUUGGGGUGAUUCAGCCGGUACCAUACCGAACUGCCAAUGGGACAAUUCGGAUGCUUUUGCGAUCUUUUGACACAAUUGGUCGUGUCUGCAUGGCUGAUUCUGCUGAUGGAGGCGUGACAUGGAGUUACGCCCAUAAGACUGCGCUUCCUAAUCCAAAUUCUGGUAUUGAUGGAGUUAAGAUGAAGGAUGGGAGAGUACUACUUGCUUACAACACCUUCUCCAGGAGCACACUUAAAAUCGCAGUCUCCGCAGAUGAUGGUGAUUCGUGGGACGAAGUACUCACACUAGAGGACACCGAAGGUAUGGAGUUUUCAUAUCCUGCGGUAAUCCAGACCAUGGAUGACCUCGUACAUGUUACAUACACAUACAACCGGACACAGAUUAAGCAUGUUGUCCUUGAGGAUUCUCGAAAAAAAUCAUGUUGUCCUUCCACCUAAGGGGAUAGUGACGUUUUAAGUCUACAACUAUGGGAGACUUAUGGCUAGCAAUCGAAGGCUCUUCAAUUCAGUGCAUCAGAUUAUGUGUUGUAUUUUUCUGCUCAAUUGCAGCCUUUUGUGUUUGAACAAUUGUAUGUGUGCUGAACGAUUUAGCAUAUGGUGUUCCUUGUUCGGCA